UAUUGUACACUAUGUUCACCAUUACUUAAAACUGCUUUCGUAGAGUGAGAGUUCUUGCGAUAUGUAUCUAACAUAAACAAAUGUAACCGCCAGUACCGCCACUGACUCACUCUCACUCUAUCCACCUAUUUCACGCCGAGGCAGAAUUCCUGGUAUAGACCCUCCCUUGCAUUCUGGCCAGAUUCGGCCCCAAACUGUGGCCAGAACACAAAGCAGUAGUGUAUCUCAUACUAAAUAUUUUCUAUGUGUGAAUCUUUUGUGAAUAAUCAGACCUGACGCACCCUGAUUUUUUCAAAUAUUCAUAUCUUCUAAUCAAAGUUAUAUCGUCUAGUCGCUUUCGUUUUAUAGAUAAAAUUAAUUUGUUUGAAAUAACAAAAAUGUCUGAUCACUUUGGUCCAAUAACUUUGAAAUGGGAUCCCAAGAAUUUGGAGAUUCGUACCAUGUCUGUAGAAAAAACAUUGGAACCCUUGGUUCUACAAGUUACUACGCUUGUAAAUACAAAGGGUCCUAGCAAGAAAAAGAAAGGAAAAUCAAAAAGGGCUAGUGCUUUAGUUGGAACUGUUGAGAAAGCAACUAGCAAUUUUAUUGAAAAAGGUGAACAAAUAGCUUAUGAAAAUCCUGACAUUACUGCAGAAAUGUUAAGUGCUGUUGAGGAAGUAAAAAAGACAGGUGCUGCAAUGAGCAUUGCUGCUAGAGAGUUUUCUGAAGAUCCUUGUUCUUCUUUAAAAAGAGGGAACAUGGUUCGUGCAGCAAGGAACUUGUUAUCUGCAGUAACACGUUUGCUUAUUUUAGCAGAUAUGGUUGAUGUGCAUUUGUUGCUGAAAUCACUUCAUGUGGUAGAAGAUGAUUUAAAAAAAUUGAAGAAUGCAUCUUCACAAGGAGAAUUAUUGGAAAACAUAAAACAAUUUGGAAGAAAUGCAUCAGAACUUAUGAAUCAAGCUGCAAAACGUCAGCAAGAGUUAAAAGAUCCUCAAUUAAGAGAUGACUUAGCUGCAGCAAGAGCUGUUCUUAAAAAGCAUUCUACUAUGCUUCUUACUGCCUCUAAAGUUUAUGUUCGACAUCCUGAACUAGCUGCAGCAAAAGCAAACCGUGACUAUGUUUUGAAGCAAGUAUGUGAAGCUGUAAAUACCAUUAAUGACGUAGCACAAGGAAAGACUCCAGUUGAUAGCCAACAUCCUUAUGAAGGACCUGGAGAAUUAGCUGCUGCAUUAGAUGAUUUUGAUGAAAGAAUGGUAAUGUCUCCACUUGCAUAUAAUGAAGUACGUACAAGACCUAGUCUUGAGGAAAGGUUGGAAAGUAUCAUCAGUGGUGCUGCAUUGAUGGCGGAUUCUUCAUGCACUCGAGAUGAACGUAGAGAACGCAUUGUUGCAGAAUGUAAUGCAGUUAGGCAAGCACUUCAGGAUUUGUUGAGUGAAUAUAUGAAUAAUUUACAGCUUGCUCGGGGUGGGAAACGGAUGGGUGUCAAGGAACAAUCCGAAGGUUUAGAAAGAGCAAUUGAUCAUAUGUGCAGAAAAACUCGCGAUCUUCGUAGACAAUUACGAAAAGCUGUAGUAGAUCAUGUAUCUGAUAGUUUUUUGGAAACAAGUGUACCUUUAUUGGUCCUCAUUGAAGCUGCAAGAAAUGGUCGUGAUAAAGAAGUGGAAGAAUAUGCACUUGUUUUUACAGAGCAUGCCAAUAAGCUAGUUGAGGUUGCCAAUUUAGUAUGUAGUAUGUCCGGAAACGAAGAUGGUGUAAAAAUGGUUCGAUAUGCGGCAGCACAAAUUGGAAACCUGUGUCCACAAGUAAUCAAUGCAGCCCGUGUUCUUGCAGCUCGUAAUCGAUCUAAAGUAGCGUUAGAUAACAUGGAAGUAUUUCGGCAAGCAUGGGAGAAUCAAGUAAGAGUAUUAACAGAAGCUGUCGAUGAUAUUACUACCAUCGAUGAUUUCUUAGCUGUAUCUGAAAAUCAUAUCUUGGAAGACGUAAAUAAAUGUGUAUUGGCAUUACAAGAAGGUGAUGCUGAUACGUUAGAUAGAACCGCGGGUGCAAUCCGUGGACGAUCUGCCAGAGUGUGUAACGUUGUUCAAGCAGAAAUGGACAAUUAUGAGCCUUGUAUCUAUACGAAACGAGUUUUAGAAGCCGUGAAAGUUUUAAGGGAACAAGUGAUGCCAAAAUUUGCACAGAGAGUAGAAGUCGCGGUAGAUGCAUUGGGUAGUAAUCCUGCUAAAGAUGUGGAUGAAAAUGAUUUUAUAGAUGCUUCGAGAUUGGUUUAUGACGGUGUUCGUGAAAUUAGACGCGCCGUACUGAUGAACAGAGCGGAUGAGGAUUUGGAUCCAGAAGACGUGGAACUUGAUGAACAUUAUACAUUAGAAACUCGUAGUAAAUCGAGUGCUCAAACUGGUGAACAUGGUGUUGAUGAAUAUCCAGAAAUUAGCGGAAUUACUACGGCUCGUGAAGCUAUGCGUAAAAUGCCAGAAGAAGAUAAACAAAAAAUCUUACAGCAAGUAGAAUACUUCAAGAGUGAAAAACUAAAGUUCGAUAAAGAAGUUGCCAAGUGGGACGAUGCAGGAAACGAUAUUAUUGUUCUUGCUAAGCACAUGUGUAUGAUCAUGAUGGAAAUGACUGAUUUCACUAGAGGUCGUGGACCUUUAAAGACAACUAUGGAUGUCAUUAACGCUGCAAAAAAAAUUUCUGAAGCCGGGACUAAAUUAGAUAAAUUAACGAGACAAAUAGCAGAUCAGUGUCCAGAAAGUUCUACUAAAAAGGAUCUGUUAGCAUACUUACAACGUAUAGCAUUAUAUUGUCAUCAAAUGAAUAUUACAAGCAAAGUUAAAGCAGACGUACAAAAUAUUAGUGGAGAAUUAAUUGUAUCUGGACUUGAUAGUGCAACUUCUCUCAUUCAGGCAGCUAAAAAUCUAAUGAAUGCAGUUGUACUAACUGUUAAGGCUUCGUAUGUUGCUUCAACCAAAUAUCCUCGACAAUCUACAGUAACUUCUCCAAUUGUUGUAUGGAAAAUGAAAGCACCAGAAAAGAAACCAUUGGUACGUCCUGAAAGACCAGAAGAAGUCAGGGCAAAAGUACGUAAAGGUUCACAGAAAAAGGUGCAAAACCCCAUACAUGCACUUUCCGAAUUUCAGAGUCCUACAGAAAGCGUUUAAGAUCUUAUAUAUCACCCUAUUCAACGAUUUUAUAACCAGCACACAUUCUUAUACAUAUCCAGCAUUAAGGUCUCUAACAAUAAAAAGAUGUAUAAGGCUGUUAUUUUAAGUAAUGUUAAUAACAAUUGCAGGCCUUGAAUUUUUGCUACUAUGUUACACGGAGGUCAGUUUCUUACUAUAAUGAAUUUUUUGACAAUAAUAUUGAUAAAUACUUUGCUAUGAUUUUACAAAAAGAAAAAAACAACUAAGAUACAAAUAAUAAUGUUAGCAUUCUUCCAAGUGGUAAUUAUAUUAAUAAUUCCAAGUAAUCAAUAUGAAAGUAUAAGAAUUCAUUUGUAUAAACAUAUUUGAUGUAACAAAUUAUAUUUUUUCUAUACAUAAAUCUUUUACUUAUAUAAUUUAACUUUAUAUAUCUGUCUUGCAUAUAUGUUUUAAUGUAUUUUACGUUUUCCUGGAGAAUUUGAUUAAAAAUUGGACUUUUUGUUAUUCAAUAUCAUAUUCGUAAUUAGGUGGAAGACGUGUUAUUGUGUGUCAACAAAACUUGCAUAAAAGCAAUAUAAAUAAGACAGUAUUGCAUUGGAAUAAAGAGACUGCAGAUCAAAGUAUUUAAUGAUUGUAUAUAAGUAAAUAUAAUUAUAAUUAUACAUUUAAAAAAAAUUUCUUUAUGAUGAUUUUAUAUUACCUAUAGCAUAUAAGAAAUAAUUGUAAAAAAACUGAUACCAAUUUCAUACUUUAUAUAAUGAGUGAAAUAUUAUAUUCAAAAAACAAUUGAAAUUUAUUACAUUUACAAAUUUUGUAGCAAAUAUUAAAUUAUGAUUCUCUGGUUAUUACAAAACUAACAUGUUGUAUGUGUGGCAAAUACAUAAUAGAAAUAUAUAAUUGUGCUUAACAUUAUAAUAUGUAUUGUUUUAUUUAUAUCAGUAUAGUUAUUGUAGUAAAUGUUGCAUUGGAAUAUAUUAAAGAGUUUGCAGAAUAUAUGGAAUAAAAACAUUUCACAUUUCAUAGCUUUUAAUGCAAUAUGUAUUGGUAUCAAUUUUUUACUAUUGUAAAACUGAUACUAAUUUAUAUAGAAAUAAUUGUAAGAUUUAAUUGUAGUUAUAUAUAUACUGAUAU